CCUGACUGCAUCUGCAUCUAACCUGCUACAUCUGUUACUCGUCCAAUUGCACAUUAUUCCUAUCAAACGUCGAGCUGGUCAUAUCACAUCUACUUCUUUGACAUUGCUACUUUCUUUCUUGCUCAAGAUAAUUGCCCUCCAGACACUCCCAUCGUCCUGCGACUCCCGUCGGCUCUCGGACUUUUGUUGGAUAAGGUGUCCCUACAUCCAUCCCAACUUUGGAGAUACGCCUCUCGCCCACAAUCUGCUGAAUAAUUCAACACAGUAUGUACCGUCAAAGGCCUUGAUCCUACAACACCAAUAUGACAAGAUGGAGAAUGCAAGAGCCUGGGACUCGAUUCACUGGGGCCUUGUUGCGCCGCAGCUUCUGUCUCAACACACUUUGCUGAUUUUGCACCUCCUUUCUAGAAACCCGAUUUCUCUCCAUCACUCUUUGAUGGGUCCUUUCGCUUUGCCUGCUCAGCCGUAGAAGAGAGGAUUGGAGUCAUCAUGGCGCUCGUCGCUUCUCCUGACCUGCACAAAAGUAUUACAUCCGACAUGAGCCAUCCAUCAGUCCACUCGGCCGUUGACACUGAAAUUUCAGACUCCUACCUCUCAUCCCCCGACACCCCCUCGACCAUUUUCCCGGAGAGACUCAUUCGCCCUCUCCCUAAGCGGACUCUGAAAUCGAGACUAUCUCAGGAAGCCGCCGACGCCAUCACUUAUCCUCCUGCCCUACCUUCCUCGAGCCUCCCCACCUACACUCAUUAUGGCGAAAAUGGUGAAUUUCUGAACGAUUCCAAGGUCUUGGUUCAGCACCAUGGCGAUGGAUACGACCAUGACCAUGACCAUGAUCACGACCAUGAUCACGACCACGAUCACGACCACGAUCACGACCAUGACCACGACCAUGAUCAUGAUCAUUAUGACGAUGAUCACGAGCAUGAUCACUGCCCACAUCAUCAUCACCACCACCAUCACCAUCACCAUCACCACCACCACUGUCACCAUGACGAUGACGAAGAUGACCUUGAUUCAGCAGAUGACUCCAUCGAACCGAUCCGCUCCUCGACUUCUUAUCGUACCACUUCACAGUCUCCUCGUACAGGACGUCAGUCACGUUAUGAAGUUAAGGCUACUGGUUCUGGCCCGGAUGGCUACGAGGCUUUUGAAAAUACAAAUAACAAGAAGAAACGGAAAAUUCCGACGUCUGGCAGCCUGAGCCUCCACCAUUCCGGCUUGACAAAUGACUUGUCGCAUAUGUCAGUGACGAAUGGAAAGGAUUCACAUUCCGACGACCCAUAUCAUAUUGCCCCAACCUAUGGUGGGAGUCCAUCUGGACUUGGUGUACAGGGUGCUGGAAGAGGUCGCAACAGUAGAAAGUUGCCUAGCCGGAAUCCCUUGGGCGUUUCGGUCAAUGGUUCUAAUGCGCGGGGUGGAACUUCCAGAUACGACCAGAAUCUGAACGCCAACGCUAGAGCUGAAGAGACCAAGGACCAGGGAAUCAUCUCCGCCGCCAUUGCGAAUGCCACAGCAUUAUUACGUAAGCCUCUCGCCAAAGGACAAGAGAACGUUGGCGUUCUCGAUCAGCAAGUCAAACAAGCGCACACCAACUCCCAAUUUACUUUUACUUGUGAAGGAGAAGCAAAGGGUGUCACCUUUCCAGAACAGAGUCUUUACUCUCCAGGUUAUAGCCAGCGUGCGAACCACACGACCUCUAGUCAAGCGGGGCCGAGUCAGAAGCACGCUCCCCAGGGAAAUCAGACUGCCACCAAUGCUGGCGCGCAGCCCGGGCAGCAAGGGACAGCAGCGUCAGCAGCAGGAGCUGCCAACACGCAGGAAAAGAAACCUCGCCGGAAACGCAGCGAUGUGUAUGCACUGGUGGCACGACAGAGGAAGAUUCAGCAAGAGUACAACAACCUACAACAUCCACCAUCGGCGGAGGACAUUUGGAUUUGUGAGUUCUGCGAGUACGAGAGUAUCUUCGGGCAACCUCCACAUGCCCUGAUUCGACAGUACGAGAUCAAGGAUCGCAAAGAGCGUCGGCGCCUGGCGGAAAAGAGGAGGUUGUUGGAAAAGGCCAAAUUAAAAGGUCGCAAGGGACGGAAGCAGAGCAAGAAUGCGGCCAAGGCUGCAAGUCAAGCGGCCAACUUGAACCAUCACAGCUACGACAAUCAGUCGUUGGAUCAGGUUGGAGAGGAAGACGGGGAUUUUUUUGACGACGAAACCAUACCAGCGCCUCCACCGCCGACUCAAGCGCCAGCCAAGCAACACCACGUGCCAGGAGCUUAUAAUGCAACCAUGGGGAAAGCAGGAGGAGGCAUUUCGGCAACAGGAGCGGGAUAGGAGCGAAGAGGACCUCGAGCACGUGUGUGUUUGAUCCGUCUGCUUUUCUGUCGAGUCUCUGUUGAGCGUUGCGUCUCCUUGCUCGUUUGGAGCCUGUUCCUUUGUAUUGCAUUAUUGUCUGGGUUUGGUUUGGUACCAUGGUCUGGUGUCUGUCGGUUGAUUGUUAUUACAUAGUUGAUUUGUUUCCCUUCAUUUGCCCCCACCCCCUGGCAUAGCCCUUGCACAUACUCCUCUCUAGACAAAUACGAAUCCGGCAGAUUUGCUGGUGAUAGGCAUUAUGGAGGUUUUCUUGAUAGUUUUAGC